AGACGCGAAGCGUUGACCAAGGUUUCUUUCAUCCUACAAAUGUUUCGUUUGUGCUUACCCACUUUACGGAGACAUGUAGCCUCAAAUGCUCAUGGAAUUCGGACUUUUCACUCAUUAUCGGGACAAUGGACCACACCACCUAGUUCAAAUCUUGUUCCUAUCGUCAUCGAGCAAACGGGUAGAGGAGAACGUUCAUAUGAUAUCUUCUCUCGACUUCUACGGGAACGAGUGAUUAUGCUUCACGGACCAAUUCGCGACACAGAUUCAACUUUGACGGUAGCGCAAUUACUCUUCUUGGAAGCGGAGGAUACCUCCAAACCGAUUCAUUUAUACAUAAAUUCUCCUGGUGGAAGUGUAACGGCAGGCCUGGCGAUAUAUGACACAAUGCAGUAUGUCUCCUCCCCCAUACACACGUACUGCAUAGGUCAAGCGGCCAGCAUGGGGUCUCUCUUACUAUCGGCAGGGGAGAAAGGGAAAAGGCAUUGUUUGCCGAACGCUAGCAUCAUGAUUCACCAACCAUCUGGUGGUGCGUCAGGGCAGGCAAGUGAUAUAGCUAUACACGCCAAAGAAAUACUGCGGAUUCGAAGAUCGCUGACGGAGAUCUAUCAAAAACAUUGCGGGAGACCUGGUGAGAGUGUUCAGGAGGGAAUUACGCGUUUUGAAACAGCAUUGGAGCGUGAUUGUUUUAUGACAGCACAAGAAGCUCUUGAAUUCGGCAUUGUUGAUGCAAUCCUCGAAAGGAGUCCAAAGUCGCACGAUGGUCAAUCUUAGGCAGGACCUUAUUCAUCUACCUAUCUAUCUGUCUUCGCCUCCCAACACCGCUUUUUUUCCCCUCGGACACCCGAUGUUUCCAUCUGAACAGAUACGUCAGAUAAGGCUGUUGUCAGUUGAGCGAACGUCUCCCGGCCCCCGAAACACUAGCCUACAGUAUCCGGCCUUCAAUACUUCACCGUUCACAUGGGUUUCCAGAUCAAACGUGUCGGACUCCCUACCCGAGUUCGCGGUAUCUUCACAGGCCAACGGUGAUGCCCAUUUAGUUCUAAGUAGCUG